AUGUCACGCAAAGGCAAGAACCGCCGGCCCAAUGUUCCAGAAGACGAAGUCGCGCUGUUAGCCGAGGAGGACAAUUUGCCCAGUGGAUCUGGUAUACAAGCGGAGCAACCAACGAACAAGAUGUCUAAAGAUAAAAGUCGAACUAUCCCGUUCCGACCUAGCCAAUCUCUCCGAUCCAAGUACCCUCCGAAUGUAGUGCGCAACCAGAAAUAUACGGUUAUAACCUUCCUCCCCCUCGUUAUCUAUGCGCAGUUCAAAUUUUUCUUCAACUUAUAUUUCCUUUUGGUUGCACUUUCCCAAUUUGUGCCCGCUCUGAAGAUUGGAUUCAUCGCGACAUAUAUUGCACCACUUGCUUUUGUUCUAUCUGUGACCAUGGGAAAAGAGGCAUGGGAUGACAUUCUUCGCAAUAGGCGAGACAGAGAAGCUAAUGCACAACGCUACUUAAUUCUUGAGCCUGAUUCGACCCCGCUGGCCUCCAACUCAUCCACUGGGUUCCCCCCUACCCGCGCCACACCAUCUUCUCAACUCCAAGUUGGAGAUCUUGUUCAACUCACCCAGAACCAACGAGUUCCUGCUGACAUGAUACUCUUGCGUACUUCUGAUCCUUCUGGGACUUGCUUUGUUCGAACAGAUCAACUAGAUGGUGAAACCGACUGGAAACUAAGAGUUGCUGUACCUGCUUGCCAAUCAUUGCACGAUGACUGGUCGCUGUUGGGUGUGUCCGCGGAAGUAUACGCCGAUGCCCCAAUCAAGGACAUACAUACAUUUAUUGGAACUUUUACGCUUCAUUCAACAUCCUCUGAGCCUGAUACUGAGCAGCAAGUUCCUCAAGUCACACCGCUUACUGCAGAAAAUAUGCUUUGGUCGAAUACCGUGCUUGCAGCAGGAAGUGCGAUUGGAAUGGUCGUAUAUACUGGAAAAGAAACCCGUGCUGUAAUGAAUACCUCGCAUCCCGAAACCAAGGUCGGAUUGCUGGAUCUAGAAAUAAAUCGGAUCCUUUGCGCCGUCACGUUUGCCCUUUCUGUCCUUUUAGUCGCCCUCAACGGUUUCCGAGGACAAUGGUACAUCUACGUUUUCCGGUUCUUAAUCCUCUUCUCUAGUAUAAUACCGAUCAGCUUGCGGGUCAAUCUGGACAUGGGAAAGACUGUCUACGCCCAUCAAAUCGAAUCAGACUCCGAAAUACCUGGAACUAUAGUUAGAACUAGCACACUACCAGAAGAACUUGGUCGAAUUGAAUAUCUUUUGAGCGAUAAAACGGGUACUCUUACGCAGAACGAAAUGGAGAUGCGAAAACUUCAUCUGGGUACUAUUUCUUAUGGUGCCGACGCUAUGGACGAAGUCGCACAUCAAUUAGUCGUGGCCUUUGGCUCGGAGCAUUCCACGGGGCGCACUUCGAAGCGCCAGGGUUCGCUAGUUACUGGUGUACAACUUGCCUCUCGUGGACGAAGAGACAUAUCUUCUCGUGUGCGCGAUGUAGUCCUAGCAUUAGCAUUAUGCCAUAAUGUCACUCCUGUUACCAAUGACGAUGGUACAGUAACUUAUCAAGCUUCUUCGCCCGACGAAGUUGCCAUCGUCAAAUGGACCGAGUCUGUUGGGCUCACUCUUACCUCUCGGACUCGAACGCAGAUUGAGCUCCAAACACCUGACGGAACAACGCUCGUCUACAGUGUUCUUGCCCUAUUUCCCUUUACGUCUGAAUCCAAACGCAUGGGCAUCGUCGUCCAAAGCAUGGAAACUCACGAAAUCAUGUUCGUCCAGAAAGGUGCUGACACGGUCAUGGCUCGGCUCGUACAGCGAUCGGACUGGCUCGAAGAAGAAACCGCCAACAUGGCUCGGGAAGGGCUCCGAACUCUUGUCUGUGGUCGGAGAAGACUCACAUCUGAAGAAUGGGCUGCGUUUGAAACGGCGCAUAAGGCCGCCAGCGUACGCCUAGAAGGCCGUGCGGAAGCCAUGGCUGCUGUGGUAGGGGAACAUCUGGAACGUGGGCUGGAGUUGCUGGGCCUAACUGGGGUAGAAGAUAAACUCCAAGAGGACGUAAGGGCGACGAUCGAACUCUUGCGGAACGCCGGGAUUCGAAUAUGGAUGCUCACAGGUGACAAGGUCGAGACUGCGACGUGUAUUGCGAUCUCUACAAAACUAGUGGCACGGAACCAGUACAUUCAUCAAAUAGCCAAACUAAAAAGUCCAGAUCAAGCAAGGGACCAGCUAGACUUUUUACAGUCAAAGUUAGAUUGCUGCCUAGUAAUUGACGGCGAAUCCCUUCAGCUUUGUUUGAGCCACUUUGAGAACGAGUUCAUCGAAAUAGCAACCAAGCUGACUGCGGUGGUCGCUUGCCGCUGCUCGCCUACUCAAAAGGCUGACGUAGCGCGGCUUAUUCGACGCUAUACUCGUAAGCGUGUCUGCUGCAUUGGCGAUGGCGGAAACGAUGUGAGCAUGAUUCAGGCCUCGGACGUUGGCGUUGGUAUUGUUGGCAAAGAGGGAAAGCAAGCAUCACUUGCUGCCGACUUUUCGGUGACGCAGUUUAGUUACCUGACUAAACUACUGGUAUGGCACGGUCGUAAUUCAUACAAGCGCUCAGCGAAGCUCGCGCAGUUUGUCAUUCACCGAGGUCUUAUCAUCUCGGUCAUGCAGGCGGUAUUCUCGGCGAUAUUCUAUUUUGCGCCAAUCGCACUCUACCAAGGGUGGUUAAUGGUAGGCUAUGCGACGGUCUAUACUAUGGCGCCUGUGUUCUCGCUGGUCCUUGACCGAGAUGUCAACGAAGAUCUCGCGCUCUUGUAUCCCGAACUGUACAAGGAAUUGACCAAGGGCCGAUCCUUGUCAUUCAAGACAUUCUUUACGUGGUGUGUGAUAAGUGUGUACCAAGGUAUAGCUCGCUCUCGGGGAGCGAUUAUGAUCAUGUCUCUUCUGCUCUUCGAAAACGAGUUCCUUAACAUCGUCGCCAUCUCAUUUACGGCUCUCGUUUUGAAUGAACUUAUCAUGGUGGCGCUAGAGAUUACGACUUGGCAUCUGUACAUGGUGAUCGCCGAGAUUGUCACUCUGAUAUUCUAUGCAAUUAGCAUGGCGUUCCUGCCCGAGUAUUUUGACUUGUCAUUUGUGGUGUCACUACGGUUUGCCUGGAAAGUGGCCCUGAUUGUAUGCGUCAGUUCGGUUCCGCUGUGGCUCAUCAAAACUGUCCGAAGUCGAGUACGGCCGGCGACGUACAGUAAGCUCACUUGA